AUGCCAUUAUCAAUAUCCUCUUUUCUCCAUAUGUUACUUCCUCUCCUCUCUCUUCUUGUACUCUCACUCAUUAUUUGUUCUAGUGCUCAGGGUCCACCUUCACCUGGCUACUACCCAAGUUCCAAAAUUGGUCCUGUUAGCUUUGAUCAAGGACUUAGAAACCUCUGGGGACCUCAGCAUCAAAGACUAGACCAAGGCUCAUUGACAAUUUGGCUUGACUCUAACUCAGGAAGUGGAUUCAAGUCACUUCACUCUUAUCGAUCUGGAUACUUUGGCGCUUCCAUUAAGCUUCAACCUGGUUAUACUGCGGGAGUAAUCACGUCUUUCUACCUUUCAAACAACCAAGACCACCCGGGAAACCAUGAUGAAAUUGACAUUGAGUUCCUUGGUACUACCCCAAAUAAGCCUUAUGUCUUGCAGACAAAUGUGUACAUCAGAGGAAGUGGAGACGGAAACAUUAUAGGAAGAGAGUUGAGGUUUCAUCUUUGGUUCGACCCAACACAGGAUUUUCACAACUAUGCCGUUUUAUGGAAACCCAGCGAGAUAAUAUUUUUUGUGGAUGAUGUCCCCAUAAGGAGGUAUCCUAGGAAAAGUGAUGCUACAUACCCCUCAAGACCAAUGUAUGUGUAUGGAUCAAUAUGGGAUGCAUCUUCCUGGGCAACAGAGAAUGGAAAAUACAAAGCUGAUUAUAAAUACCAACCCUUCAUUGGUAGGUACAAAAACUUCAAACUCCAAGGUUGCACCGCUGAAAGCCCUUCAUCAUGCCAGCCACCUUCUGUCUCAUCAUCUGGCUUUGGUAGUCUUAGCGCACCACAAUUUGCAGCCAUGCAAUGGGUCCAAAAUAACUACAUGGUCUAUAAUUAUUGCCAUGACCCUAGGAGAGACCACACACAUACCCCAGAGUGCUAG